UCAACAAACUGCUGAAGCCCGAAUUGAAUUAUGUUCUAAGGUGGAGGCGCAUUCUGAUGUUUAAAGGGCAGGGUCAGAGGAAAAGAUUAUAAUCUACUGCUUACAUCUGAGAUGAGGAUCAGAUCACUGAUGAUACGUAUAGAUCGGAUAAUGUACAAACUGGACCAUUCUGACCUUUAAAAGAAUUACGCUGAUUAAUCAUCGUAGACUAAGAAAAUCUAAAUAUGUCUCAGUUUUAUAGAUACAUUCUCUUCUUUUGUCUUUUCCCAUCUGUGGUUCCUCUGUUCUGUUAUACAUGUGUAUUUCCUUCCAUCUCACCACUGGACUGUCUCAAGUUCCCCACCAGGUGUGCACCGGGUCAGCUCUGUCUUUCUAGCAAAGCUGUAGGACAGCGAGGGGACUUUAAGGUCAUCUUGUAUGAAAAGAGCUGUGUUAUUCCUGCUCUGUGUGGGAUAACAGGGGAGAAGUAUGCCUUGGGUUUAAACUUCACCUUCACCAACGACUGCUGUGAUACUCUGCUCUGCAAUGGCAUCUCAACCAGUUCUGCUUACAUAUGGUCCAGCACCCUGCUCUCACUUCUUUUGGCAUUGCUUUAUUCACAAUAAGCUUAACUAAUGGACACUAUUACAAAAAUCAGACACAAUGUAGGCUAACACCACCACCACCACCAACAACAAACUUUUGGGGAUAUCUUGAAUAAUUAUAAGUUAUGUUCAAAAAUAAAGAAAAUCCCAGAACCCUUGUAUCUAUUUUUAUAACAAUCCUAACAAGAAGCCUUAAUGUUUAUCAGCAUUGCCUCAUAGAGUUGUAAGCAUUUCACUCAUGGAUAUAUUCAAAUAAUUAAAAAAAAUAACCGUU